UUUUCUUUCUUGCCGGCGUUAUCUUCACCAAAUGCAGCUCGCGCUUGCGCAUGGUGUGAAAUAUUGGCGAGUCCGAAGACCAUUUUCUACCGCAUACGGCUAUUAUGCCGAGAGCAUAUUGCUCACUAUGAACAGCCUAUUUACACAGGCUUUCAUUGAUUGUGCGGUGGAUCUCCUGGCCCUGGGUCAUGAAGUGCCCGAAGAUCUCUUCGAGGAAGACGAAGAGGCCCCUGUGUACAAAAAGCGCAGGCUGACCCAGGGUCAGGAGUCCCAUAUGAAUGAGCUGAGGGAGCGCCUUGAAGUUGCUAAGGGGGCUUACAAGCUUCUUCGAGAGCAAGUCGAUCGUGCCGUCGAUACGGCCAGAGCCGCAGACGAGCGGGUCGAGGUCGCUAAGAAGGCAGCCGGAGAGGGGCGCGAUAAAGUUAAGAGACUCUAUGAGGGGAUCCGUAGCAUUUGUAAGGAGGCGGAGGAGGCGGGUCAGCCCCUCCUGGAGUAGUUAGCUUUCUUCUUUCAUUUUUUUUUUUCUUUUGGAGGAAAUUUCG